UUUAGGGAUCGGUACGGUACCGAGUUACCGAUCAAAAUCCAUAACCAACUGAGAGCAAACACAAUAAAGACAAAUUGAUGAUGGAAAUAGAGAAUCAAACUGAGCUGGUGAGGCUAUGCUUAGAAGCAGCUGGUGAAAGUAGAGAAAGCAUUGAAAAAUGGCGGAGACAGAGACGUUCUUUAGAGAGAUUGCCAGCUCAUCUCGCCGAUUCUCUGCUCCGCCACCUCAUCCGUCGCCGCCUCCUCUUCCCGUCCUUGCUAGAAGUUUUCAAACGCAGUGUCGAGGUAAUUAAUUUAAGAGGUGAGAACUAUGUUGAUGGAGAAUGGUUGGCAUAUUUAGGAGCAUUUCGUUACUUGCGCUCUUUGAAUCUGGCUUAUUGUCAUAAAAUCUCUAGUUCGGCUAUUUGGCCUCUAGCCGGGAUGAGUAGUUUGAAGGAAUUGGAUAUUUCAAGGUGCGUGAAGGUUACUGAUGCUGGGAUUAAGCAUUUAUUAUCUAUUCCAACUUUGGAGAAGCUGUGUCUUUCAGAGACAGGUGUCACUGAGAAUGGAGUUGAACUCCUUUCAUCGCUCAAAAACUUGUCUGUACUUGACUUGGGCGGGUUGCCUGUUACUGAUCCGGUGUUGAGUUCUCUUCAGGUUCUGACAAAGCUACAGUAUCUUGACCUUUGGGGAAGUAAAAUAUCUAACGAAGGAGCUUGUGUUCUUGAGAUGUUUCCAAGGUUGAGUUUCCUCAAUCUGGCUUGGACCAAUGUGACAAAGUUGCCGAAAAUGUUAUCCCUUGAAUGCUUAAACUUGAGUAAUUGUACCAUUGACUCUAUACUUGAACUGAAUGAAGAAAAAGCUCCUUUAGUAAAGCUAAGUCUCUCAGGAACUACGUUUGUAAAUGAAGCUGAAGCUUUUUUACAUAUUGAAACAAGUUUCCUCUCCUUUCUGGAUGUGUCCAACUCUUCCUUUAAUAGCUUUUGCUUUUUACCGGAAAUGAAAGCCCUGGAACAUUUGGAUCUUAGCUCAAGCAUCUUGAGAGAUGAUACAAUUGAAAAGGUUGUAUGUAUGGGUGCAAAUUUGAGAAAUUUGAGUCUCAGCAACACAAGAAUCAGCUCUGCUGGAGUAGGGGUUUUAGCUGGUCAUCUUCCCAAUCUUGAAAUUUUAUCUUUAUCUGGCACACAAAUAGACGAUGUGGCCAUGUCAUAUAUCAGCAUGAUGACCUCACUGAAGGCUAUUGACUUGAGCAAUACAGACAUUGAAGGUUUCAUUCGGCAGGUGGGUGCUGAGACAGAUUUGGUUCUCUCACUGACAGCUCUUCAAAGUCUGAAUCAUUUAGAAAGGUUAAAUUUGGAGCAGACCCAAGUCAGGGAUGCAGCUCUUAGCCCCUUAUCAAACUUCCAAGAAUUACAGCAUUUCUCUCUCAGAAGUCCUUCCCUCACAGAUAUCUCUCUGCACCCAUUGUCAUCUCUAUCAAAGUUGACACAUCUUUCCAUUUGUGAUGCUGUGCUGACUGAUUACGGGCUUGGUUCAUUCAGACCCCCGGAAACUCUAAAAUUGCUAGACCUGAGGGGUUGCUGGCUGUUAUCUGGGGAUUCCAUCAUGUUAUUUUGUAAAAGAAAUCCACAAAUUGAAGUAAGGCAUGAACGUAGAUCUGUUGCUCCAUCAGAUCAAGUCGGCCCUAACCGUCCAUCCCCAUCUCGCAUAUCUUUGAGGGCUUCACAAAUGAACAAAAAGCCGGAACAACUUCCAUUGUCUCUGUGUUUUAUAGAUCAAAGAUUGAAGUACAGCCGGGAGGAGCUACUUGAAUUGCAGUAUUCGACUUUAUCACUUGAAUUGCCUCACGAUAGUGAUGACCAAGAGGUGAUGAGAUUGGAAUAAAUGCUGUGUAUUGUAAUAUUAUGUACGAUUAAGUGCGAUUUUUUGUUCAACAAUUACUAUGUUUUGUGUAAUUUGUAUUUGAAUAGAAUAUACCGGUUUGUAAGUAACUUCCUGAUGAGGCACAGGCAACGAUCUGAAAAUUUAUUUGAUGUUAUUU